AAGAAAUUAAGGCGAGUGUCAGAGAGAGAGAAGAGAGAAGGGGGUGAGAAAAACAGAGGGAGGGAGAUGUUAAGCAGAGGAGUGGUGAGCUGCAGCGCACAACCGCAGAAAUUCUUCUCCGCCGUCCCCAGAACCUCCGCCGCCGCUCGCUUCCCGCCGCCGCUGCCGCCGUCUCCGGCGCCGUCGUCGUCUUCUAGGUUCGCGAGCGUCGCAUGGAGGAGGAGCAGCAGCAGCUUCUGCUGUAGCGGCAAUCCCAACCCCCGGUCGCGGAUGGAGGCCCUCAGGACCCGCGCCUCGGCCCAGCCCCUCCAGGACGCCGACGACCUCAUCGACUCCGUCGAGACCUUCAUCUUCGACUGCGACGGAGUUAUAUGGAAAGGGGAUAGCCUGAUAGAUGGAGUCCCUGAAACACUCGAUAUGCUCCGCUCGAAGGGAAAGAGAUUGGUCUUUGUUACCAACAACUCAACCAAGUCUAGGAAGCAAUAUGGAAAGAAGUUUGAGACCCUUGGACUCAGUGUCACUGAGGAAGAGAUAUUCGCAUCGUCUUUUGCAGCUGCUGCAUACCUAAAAUCUAUCAAUUUUCCCAAGGACAAAAAGGUUUAUGUGAUUGGUGAGGAUGGCAUCUUGAAGGAGCUUGAGCUAGCUGGAAUUCAAUACCUUGGCGGUCCUGAAGAUGGUGGGAAAAAAAUAGAGCUCAAGCCCGGGUUCUACAUGGAGCAUGAUGAGGAUGUUGGUGCUGUUGUGGUUGGAUUCGAUCGAUACUUCAAUUACUACAAAGUCCAGUAUGGAACACUUUGUAUACGCGAAAAUCCUGGAUGUCUAUUCAUUGCCACUAAUCGCGAUGCCGUAACUCAUCUCACUGAUGCACAGGAAUGGGCAGGUGGCGGUUCUAUGGUUGGUGCCAUCGGGGGAUCAACUCAGCGUGAGCCACUGGUUGUAGGGAAGCCAUCAACUUUUAUGAUGGACUACCUGGCAGAUAAAUUUGGCAUUCAAAAGUCUCAAAUUUGCAUGGUCGGGGAUAGACUGGAUACUGAUAUUCUGUUUGGACAAAAUGGAGGCUGUAAAACUCUUCUAGUUCUCUCAGGUGUGACCUCUUUGUCAAUGCUUCAAAGUCCAGACAACAAAAUACAGCCAGAUUUCUACACCAAUAAAAUAUCCGAUUUUCUCUCUCUUAAAGCAGCAACUGUCUGACGAUUUUUCGUACCGAAAUUUGGCUGUGUCAUUAUCUUGUGAUUACCUAAUUGUGUUAAAUAAUCAAAGUUAUUGGUCACAAUGUUUAGGCACCUUUUAUGUACCACAAGCAUGAGGAAUGCAUUAAUUUUAAGCUGCAUCAACACUUUUGCUUGAGUAGCAAAAACAAAUUAGAGAGUUAUGGAACUUUGGUCAUAAAGCAUCGA